AUGCUUUCCUACUUCGGCUGGGGCUCCAGCUCCAAAUCCAACACCGAUGCAUCAAACAAUCAAUCAAAAGAAACACCAAGCCCUGAUCAACAGGCCCCAACGCCGCCCUCACCCGCAAAUCCACCCUCCCCACCACAACAAAUAGUCCAACAAUCCACACCCUCCGAUCGAACCAACCUCAAACUCUUCUGCGGCGGCAUGGCCUUCUUCGCCCUCUCCGUUUACAUCACACGUCGUGCCAACAUCAGGAAACGCCUCGCCUGCAUCCCUCCCUACUACUCCAGCUCGAUAUACUUCCAACCAAAUGUCAACGGGGGGAUGGAGGCGUUCGAGGCGCUCAACCUGGCUACACUCAAUGUGAUUUCAUUCAGUAUGAUGGCUACAGGUGGUGUGAUGUGCGCUCUGAAUGUCAAUGGGCUUGAGGAUAUGCGGAGGCUCAUGCGGGGUUCUUUGGAGGGAGUGGCGGCUGGAAAGUCUGAUGAACAGCUUGAGAAAGACGUCGCCGAGUGGGUGUCCAGUGUCCUUGGUGACCGAUUUGAUAAACAGCUGGAGAAGGAGAAGGCGAAGAAACGGGCGGCGGGUCAAAGCGAGGAGACUAAUUGA